UCUGCAGGCCCUUUUUCAACUCCGGAGUUGCACACUUUGGUUACUCACUUCCGGUUACUCACUCUGCCCAAUGGAUUUCCCUCGCUUUCUCUGCUUCCUUCUGCUUCUUUGCUUUGCUUUCUCCAUCAUCUCCACACGUGCUACUCUUCCUGGCACGUGGGAGCUUCUCGUUCCCAAUGCUGGCAUCGCCUCCAUGCACACCGCCGUCACAAGGUUCAACACCGUCCUCCUCUUAGAUCGGACCAACAUCGGCCCAACUCGUAAAAUGCUCCGCAAAGGCCAUUGUCGGAACGACCGAUACGACGCCGUUCUCAAGCAUGAUUGCUAUGCCCAUUCCGUCGUCCUCGACCUUCUAACCAACCAAAUCCGUCCUUUGACGAUCCUCACCGACACAUGGUGCUCCUCCGGCCAAUUCCUCCCCGAUGGCACUCUCUUGCACACCGGCGGCGAUAUUGACGGCCUCAGAAAGUUCCGGAAGUUUCAACCCUGCGAACCAAAUGGUGCUUGUGACUGGAUUGAGCUCUCGGAGCCGGAAUUAGCCGAUGGGAGAUGGUACGCUACGAAUCAGAUUUUACCGGAUGGUUCUGUCAUAAUCGUCGGCGGCAGGGGAGCCAACACCGUCGAGUAUUAUCCUCCGAGGAAAAAUGGGGCGGUGAAUUUACCUUUCUUGGGUGACGUGGAGGACGGUCAGAUGGAUAAUUUAUACCCUUACGUUCAUCUUCUUCCAAAUGGGCAUCUCUUCGUCUUCGCUAAUAACAGAGCAAUUUUGUAUGAUCACGAGAGUGAUCAAGUAGUGAGGGAUUAUCCACCGUUGGAUGGUGGGCCUAGGAAUUACCCAUCCGCUGGAUCGUCGGUUAUGCUCGCUCUUCGAGGUGAUCAUUCAAAUGCUGUGAUAGUGAUUUGCGGGGGGGCUCAAUACGGUGCGUUUAUCCAGAGAAGCACCGACACUCCGGCUCACGGAAGCUGUGGACGAAUCGAAGCCACCGGUUUGAACCCAGUUUGGGAAAUGGAGGAUAUGCCGUUUGGAAGAAUCAUGGGCGAUAUGGUGAUGCUUCCCACCGGCGAUGUGGUGAUUGUUAAUGGAGCACAAGCGGGUACUCAAGGGUUCGAACAGGCUUCGGACCCGUGUUUGCAUCCGGUUCUGUAUCGACCAGACCAACCGGCCGGGUUGCGGUUCAUGACGUUGAACCCAGGAACCGUUCCGAGAAUGUACCACUCUACCGCCAAUCUAAUUCCUGAUGGAAGGAUUUUGAUUGCUGGUAGUAAUCCUCAUUACUUCUAUAAAUUUGAGGCCGAAUUCCCGACGGAGCUGCGAAUUGAAGCAUUCUCGCCGGAAUAUUUAUCGGCCGACAGAGCCAAUAUUCGACCCGUUAUUGAGAAAAUUCCGGAGACGGUGGGUUACGGCGCCGUUUUUGACGUGCUCGUGUGGGUUCAACUACCUGUAGUGGGGAUUGUUGAAGUGAACUUGGCGAGUGCGCCUUUUGCUACGCAUUCGUUCUCACAAGGUCAACGGUUGGUGAAAUUGGCCGUUACGGCGAGUGUUCCCAACGGCGGUGGGCUAUACCGGGUCGGGUGUACUGCUCCUGCGAACGGGAUGGUGGCUCCACCUGGUUAUUACAUGGCGUUUGCAGUGAAUCAAGGCGUGCCAAGUGUCGCCCGCUGGAUACAUCUAUCGCCCUAAUGAUUUUUUUUUUCUCUCUGUUAUUUAAUUUUUCUUUAAGUAGACGUGAAAAAUGAAAUCCAAAUUGUGGAUAAGAUCAGCGAAUGGGAUUUUAGAUUAUGAGAAAUGAACAAAGUAAAUGUAAUUUUAGCUUCUCCAUAACUAAUAUAUAAAUAUUGCCCGUUGCUAUU